GGUGCAGCCAUACUUAGCUGGGCGUCCGCCGGGGUGUAGCAUGGCCAGCAACCGUAGGUGCCAGCUCUGUCCUGGUGCUCAGCUAGGAGCUAACGCGCCAUUCGGGGACUCUCCCAGCGCAGCGAUGCAGCCUGAUCGUCCUACAACGUCUGCCAGGGCUCCCAUGGACCCCGCGGCCGCGGCGGCCGCCACCGCGGCCCAGUUCGGCAUCACCUUUACCUUUCCGGAAUUCCCUCCGCCGGAGGAGUACCGCAAGUACCCCUGGAGCAAAAGACCCGAAGAUUUCAUUUUUGGCAAAGUCCUCAGCGAAGGGGCGUACACCACCGUGGUCGUGGCCCGGGAGAUGGCGACUUCCCGGGAGUACGCUAUGAAAAUCCUGGAUAAAAAGCAAGUCGCUAAAGCGAGGAAGGUGGGUUACGUCACCAACGGCCAGGAUGUCCUGGCCCGCUUGGACCACCCGCUCAUCGUCAAGCUUUACUUCACUAUGUCGGACAAGGACAAGCUAUACCUGGGCCUCAGCUGUGCCCCAAACGGGGACCUCGUAAGUUUCGUCCAGAAUCAGAGCCCUUUGGACGAGGCCUGCGUCCGGUUCUAUGCCGCGGAGCUGGCGUCCGCCCUGCAGUACUUGCACUCGAAGGACAUCAUCCACAGGAACCUGAAACCCGAAAACGUUCUCUUCACUGCCGAGAUGCACAUCCAGGUCACCGGCUUUGGGCCAGCCAAAAGAUUACCCAGCUGGUGGAAGAAAGCCAGGGCUUGUUCCUUCGUGGGCACGCCCCAGUACGUGGCCCCGGAGCUCCUCACCCCGGACGGGGCGCGGAAGAGUACCGACCUGUGGAUCCUGGGCUGCCUCCUCUAUUACCUCGGGACCGGCCGCUCUCCAUUCCAAGCUGAAAAUGAUUAUUUGACCUUCCUCAAGAUCAUUCAGCUCGCUUACGACUUCCCAAAAGAAUUCUUCCCAAAGGCCAAAGACCUCGUGGAGAAGCUGCUGGUUUCCGAUCCCACAAAGCGCGUAGGCUGUGAAGAAAUGGGGGGCUAUGGAGCCCUGAAGGCCCACCCAUUCUUUGAAAACAUCACCUGGGACACUCUGCAUCUUCAAACACCUCCCCAGGUCAGGGCGUCCUUAGCGGCGACGUUGGAGAAUGAAGAGGACUUUGGGGACUUUUGACAUUCUCCAGGGUUGAGGUCCACCUUCAUCUUCUUCCCACUCACUCUGGCAGAAGCAGAGCCACGUCCACCCCAGAGGUCCAUUGGUCAGGUGGAGGGCUGAAUGAGAAUUCUCAGGAGCUGCACCCAGGACAAAAGACUCUUUUAUCACCUGAUAGAGCCAAGUGGGAAUGCUCCUGGAGGUUUGUCCGCAGAGAUGCCAGGACCAUCCCCAGGCAACUGUGUGGGGAAGCCCUGGGAACCACUCUCUGCCUCAUGGACUCUGGCCCUUAGGAAGAAGCUUCCGUUGCCAGCACAGCCGUCCCAGGUCAGAUCCCAGUCCUGCUUUUGUCCAUCCUGCCUCCCCCAGCUGCUUCUGCUGAUCACUGAAGCCUGUGGAUUCUUUAAUGCCUCUG